AUGACUGCGGCCCUGUUCGCUCUCCUCCUCCUUCCAGCGCUCAACGACGACGCUGACCCUCGCACCCUCGUCCGCUGGGCCUCGUCGCGCUGCGAGCCGGCCGUAAGCGGCUCGUGCGGCCGCGAGCCGCACGGCUACUGCGACGCGUCGGUCGGCCGGUGCGUCUGCUCGCCCGGCCGCUUCGGUCCGCGGUGCGAGCAGAUGCACUACCCGGCCUGCCGGCUGCACCCCGACGGCGAGAUGGCGUGCGACACCUUUGUCGGCCUCAUGUCCUGCGCGUGCCGCCUCUCGUGCGAGCAGAGGUACGGCUCGAUGGCGCGGUUCAACACGCCUCUCUGCUGGGACGAGUCCCGGCCGCGCCUCGCUAUCCCAGGCGCCCUCACCGCCCUCUCGCUGGUCAACACGUCCGACUUCCCGGCGGCGAGCGCGAGCAUCGUCUUCCGCACCGACCAGUGGCCGCUGCGCGGCCGCUGCGCGCGGAAGAACAUCGCGCCUGCCAAGCUCGCCGCCUGCACCUCGCGCACGGCCGCGAGGAACAUGCUCGGCGGCGACCCCGUCCCCAACUGGCGCUGCCCCGGCUCCUGCUCCCACCGCGGCACGAACCUUCUAGGCACGUGCCUCGUCCCCGCCGCCGUCCGCUCGGAGCACGCGCGGGAGCAGUACCCGCUGCAGGGCGAGCGCGCCGGCGAGGCCCUGCCCCCGCCUCCGUGCGAGCCGAGCUGCGUCUGCCACCGCGGGUAUGUCGGCCGCGCCUGCGAGGCUGUCAGCCCGUCCGAGGAGCGCGAGCCGUUCGGCGCGUCGAAGUACGGCUCGCUCUGCCUCAACGGCCGAGGCUGCUCCGGCCACGGCGCGUGCGUCGCCCGCUUCUGCCUCUGCCACGCCGGUUGGGCGGGCGCAGACUGCUCGCUCCCAAACGCUCCGAGCCGGCCGCUGGCGCCGCCCGCCGCCCUGCCGAGCGCGCAGCCGAUUGGCGGGCGGCGCGUGCCCAUCUACAUCUACCCGCUGCCGACCGAGAUGUCGCUCGAGCACGUCUACAUGCGCGACAUGCUGCGGCGAGGCCAGUACUACGCCAACCUCAUGUUCCUCGAGGCGCUGCUCCGCGACAAGGCCUCCGUCGUGGCAGACCCGGAGCAGGCGGCCCUCUUCUUCGUGCCGGUGAUGCCGAUGCAGAUGGCGGGCAACUUGUGGCACCCAUACGAGUUCCUCGCGCAGACCGCGCGCCACCUCGCGAGCGAGUAUCCCUUCUGGCGCCGCUCCGGCGGUCGCGACCACAUCUUCUUCCUCACGACGGACCGCGCCGGCUGCUGGAAGCCAUUCGAGCUCAACCAGUCCAUUGAGCGGCUGCGCUGGGGCGCAAACCCGUCGGGGCCGGAGCGGCGCAACAACGCGUACGACACGCGCGAGGGGUCGGUCGCCACCACGCUGCCCUGCUACGACGUCGUCGUGCCCGUCGACACCGAGGUGAAGGCCGCCGACCAGGCAAAGUCGCCGCGGCCGGGCGCUCCGUACCAGUGCGCGGGCCGGGCGGGCAAGCUGAAGCUGCUGCACAUGGGCGGCUCGAUGCAGAACAUGGGGCGGAUCGAGUACUCGCAGGGCGUGCGGCAGCGCAUCGCCGAGCUGCACAGCGACGAGCCAGACUUCGUGCUCGGCGGCACCUUCACGCUGGACGACCUGCGCGCCGCCACCUUUUGCCUCGCGCCGUCGGGCUGGGGCUGGGGCUGGCGCAUCACGCUCACCCUGCUGACGCAGUGUGUGCCCGUCAUCAUCCAGCCGAACGUGACGCAGCCGUUCGAGGAGCUGCUGCCGUACGAGGACUUCUCGCUGCGCCUCACCAAGGAGGACAUCCCGGCGCUCCCCAAGCUGCUGCGCGCCGUGCCGGACGCGACCAUCUGCCGGAUGCAGACCAGCCUCGCCAAGCACUACCGCGCGCUGCUCUGGCAGAAGCCGCACGGGCCGCAGCACCCGAGCGCCUACGACCUGACGAUGAUCGCGCUCUGCCGGCGAGAGCUUCGCCCCACCACCCCGCCGCUUCCGGCCUCCUGGCACCUCACACCCCCUCCCCUCCUCGCACGCAGGCGGGCCAAGAGCUUGGCCGUCAGGCUGUCCAGAUCCCCCGAUACGGCGCGCGCAUACCUGGCACGUCACACGCCAGAAUGCGCCGAUACGCUCGAGGCGGCGGGCGUCGCGUUCACCUGA